AUAAAUGGGUACUCAAAUGCACCAAUAGUUGGUAGAGCAAAACAAGUCUUUCUUUAUGUAUGUUUUUGGCUUUUCUUCCUUUUGUAUUUAAAAGCUUCUUUGAAACUGAGGUUUCUGAUCAGAAUUAGGAGAAACAAAAAUGGGUUCUGCAGAGAAGACUGAGUUAGAGAAAAAUGAGUUCCCAAGGGAGAGGGAAAGAAGGCAUAACAUAUGCAUAAUUUUCAGAUAUGCUGAUUGGGUCGAUAUUCUGCUAAUGGUAUUGGGUACCAUUGGAGCUAUUGGCGAUGGAAUGUCGACCAACUGGUUGAUACUCUUUGUGAGUCGCAUAAUGAACAGCUUGGGUUAUGGUAGUAAUUCCCAACAAAAUAAUAACAAUUUCAUGGGAGAGGUCGAAAAGUGCACCUUAUACUUUACAUACUUGGGACUAGGAAGCAUGGUGGUGGCUUUCAUGGAAGGGUACUGUUGGAGCAAAACCAGCGAGCGGCAAGUGCUGAAGAUUCGUUACAAGUAUUUGGAAGCAAUUCUUAGACAAGAAGUUGGGUUUUUUGACUCACAGGAGGCUACCACUUCAGAAGUCAUCAACAGCAUAUCUAAAGAUACAUCUCUCAUACAAGAAGUCCUUAGUGAAAAGGUUCCAUUAUUUAUGAUGAAUACAACAGCCUUCUUCUCAGGCCUGGCAUUUUCAGCAUAUCUUUCAUGGAGGUUGGCUCUAGUAGUUUUCCCAACAAUACUAUUGCUGAUAAUUCCAGGAAUACUUUAUGGAAAGUACCUUUUGUAUAUCUCCAAGAAAGCUUCCAAGGAGUAUGGAAAGGCAAACACCAUAGUGGAGCAGGCACUAAGCUCCAUUAAAACGGUGUAUUCCUUCACAGCAGAAAGGAGAAUCGUGGAGAGAUAUACAGCAAUAUUGGAUAGGGCGGUGAAGUUGGGAUUGAAGCAAGGGAUAGCCAAAGGGUUGGCAGUGGGGAGCACAGGGAUUUCUUUUGCAAUAUGGGCUUUCGUUGCUUGGUAUGGAAGUCAUUUGGUAAUGUACAAAGGAGAAAGUGGAGGAAGAGUUUAUACGGCUGGUCUCUGCUUUAUAUUGGGUGGCCUGGCACUCGGAGUAGCACUGGCUGAUCUCAAGUACUUCACGGAAGCCACGGUUGCCGCUGCAAGCAUCUUCUCUAGGAUCGACCGUACUCCCCUAAUCCAGAGCGAGGAUACCAAAGGCAUCGUGUUAGACACAAUCCGAGGAGACAUAGAGUUCGACAACGUCAAUUUCGUAUACCCUUCUCGCUCCGAUUCCCUCGUUCUCAAACAUUUCAACCUCAAAGUUGAAGCAGGCAAAACCGUGGCACUUGUAGGUGCCAGUGGAAGCGGCAAAUCCACCGCCAUUGCUUUGGUGCAACGUUUUUAUGAUGCCAACGAUGGGGUAGUGAAGAUCGAUGGUGUUGAUAUAAGAACACUGCAAUUGAAAUGGAUCAGAGGUAAAAUGGGGCUUGUUAGUCAAGAACAUGCCUUGUUUGGGACUUCCAUCAAGGAAAAUAUAACGUUCGGGAAGCUAGAUGCUACCAUGGAUGAAGUAAUGACCGCUGCCAUGGCUGCUAAUGCUCAUAAUUUUAUAAGACAGCUUCCUCAAGGCUAUGAAACCAAGAUAGGGGAACGAGGAGCACUGUUGUCAGGAGGACAAAAGCAGCGAAUCGCGAUUGCUAGAGCCAUUAUCAAGAACCCUGUGAUACUGCUACUUGAUGAGGCAACGAGUGCCCUUGAUUCUGAAUCAGAAACACUAGUCCAAAAUGCACUUGAUCAGGCCUCCAUGGGAAGAACCACCCUAGUUGUUGCCCACAAGCUCUCCACUAUUCGAAAUGCAGACCUCAUUGCAGUUGUUAACAAUGGUAGUAUCAUAGAAAUGGGAUCCCACAACGAUCUCAUAAACAUGAAGGACGGCCACUAUGCACAACUUGCAAAGCUGCAAAGACAAUUCAGCUGCGAUGACCAUGAACAAAAUCCAGAAACACGCCUUCCAUCUGCAGGAAGAAUGAGUGGCGGCAGGCUAAGCACUUCCAAAUCAAGCCCAAGCCCAAGCCCCAGUUUCUUCGCUACGCCGUUGCCUAAUAUCGAAAGUCCGAAACCAGUGUCUCAUCCCCCUCCUUCCUUCCGUAGGCUUCUCUCUCUAAAUUCCCCAGAAUGGAAGCAUGGUUUGAUGGGUAGCCUCUCGGCUAUAGUUUUUGGAGCUGUUCAACCUGUUUAUGCUUUAACCAUUGGUGGAAUGAUUUCAGCCUUUUUUGCAAAAAGUCACCAAGAAAUGCAGGCUCGAAUACGCACUUACGCUUUCAUAUUUUCUUUGCUCACCUUGCUCUCUGUCAUUCUCAAUCUUAUUCAGCAUUAUAAUUUUGCUUACAUGGGCGAGCGGUUAACCAGGAGAAUCCGAAGUCGAAUGCUGGAAAAAUUAUUGUCCUUCGAAGCCGCUUGGUUUGAUGAAGAAAAAAACUCUACUGGAGCUUUAUGCUCGAGUCUGAGCAAUCAGGCUUCGAUGGUUAAGACACUCGUCGCAGACCGAAUCUCAUUGUUAGUUCAAACCACUUCUGCUGUUACCAUCGCGAUGAUUAUCGGGCUAGUCGUGGCUUGGAAGUUAGCAAUAGUGAUGAUUGCAGUCCAACCUCUCGCAAUUAUGUGUUUCUACACACGAAAAGUUUUGCUUUCUAGCAUUUCAACUAAUUUCGUCAAGGCACAAAAUCAAAGUACUCAAAUAGCAGUGGAAGCUGUGUAUAAUCAUAGAAUUGUAACCUCAUUUGGGAGCCUAGGUAAGGUUCUUCAACUUUUCGAUGAGGCUCAAGAGGAACCAAGGAAAGAGGCUAGGAAAAUAUCAUGGCUAGCGGGGAUUGGUAUGGGGUCAGCUCAAAGCCUAACAUUUAUGUCAUGGGCUUUAGAUUUUUGGUAUGGAGGUACAUUGGUUCAAAAGGGAGAGAUAUCAGCAGGGGAUGUGUUUAAGACAUUCUUUAUCUUGGUGAGCACCGGAAAGGUCAUAGCCGAAGCUGGAAGUAUGACCUCCGAUCUAGCCAAGGGCUCAACUGCAGUGGCAUCGGUGUUUGAGAUCCUUGAUCGGCAAUCCUCCAUUACUCCAGGGUCUCAAGGAGAUGGCACCAAUGGAAUAAAGCUAGAAAGAAUGAGUGGAAAGAUAGAGCUGAAAAAGGUUGAUUUUGCAUAUCCAAGCCGGCCGGAGACGCUAGUGUUGCGUCAAUUUAGCUUGGAGGUGAAACCAGGCAGAAGCGUUGGACUAGUUGGGAAAAGUGGAUGUGGGAAAUCAACGGUGGUUGGAUUAAUCCAAAGAUUUUAUGAUGUUGAAAUGGGGUCGGUGAGAGUGGAUGGUAUCGACAUAAGAGGACUAGACGUUCAAUGGUACAGGAGGCAAAUGGCACUGGUCAGCCAAGAGCCAGUUAUAUUUUCAGGCACCAUCCGGGACAACAUUGUGUUCGGAAAGCUCGACGCAUCAGAGAAUGAAGUUGUGGAAGCAGCUAGAGCAGCAAAUGCUCAUGAAUUCAUCUCGGCACUGAAGGAAGGAUACGAAACAGAAUGCGGAGAAAGAGGAGUGCAAUUAUCAGGAGGACAGAAACAAAGAAUAGCUAUAGCUAGAGCUAUAAUUAGGAACCCGAAAAUACUUUUACUAGACGAGGCGACUAGCGCACUCGAUGUGCAAUCUGAACAAGUUGUUCAAGAAGCAUUAGAUCGAAUCAUGGUGGGAAGGACCACAGUGGUGAUAGCUCAUCGGCUUAACACAAUAAAAAAGGUUGAUUCAAUUGCAUUUGUGGCCGAUGGGAAGGUUGUGGAGCAAGGUACCUAUGCUCAGCUCAAGAACCAGCACGGAGCAUUUUCCAAGCUUGCAAGCCUUCAAACAUAAUUGUACUCAUCUCUUUCAAAGUCUCGCAAUCCCACUAGCUAGCAUGCAGUUCUAAUGUUGCCCACUGCUUGGAUUAAACUUAAAAGAGUAACAUAGUUGUUGCUUGUUGCCUAUUAUAAAGUGCAGUGUUGUACUACAUGUAACCGUAAAGAUACCAAAACAGCAUGGGGAAACUGGUUAUAGAUAUAGAUUAAUAUUGUCAGCUGGUGUUUGGAUGAAUUAUAUACAACAUAAAUAUCUACCAUAUAAA